AUGCUACUACUGUUCCUCAUAAGCCCGGUGCUAGGGGCGCUAGUGUCCGAGCCCCAGCCGCCAUCACCCCGUAGCUCCGUGGUCCCAACGCUCUCCUGGCUACCUGUUAGGCUCAACCACUUCGAUGCCUCCAACAAUGAUACCUUCCUAAUGCGAUAUUACUACAAUAAUGAGUUCGCAACAAGUAACAACGUCGUGAUAGUGGUAGGCGGGCCGUGGUCCAUCGCCCCGGACUGGGUCACCGGCGGCUUGCCUCACGAAUUAGCUGAGAAAAUCGGCGCUGGACUGUUCUACACUGAACAUAGAUACUACGGACAGACAAGGCCUACAAGCGACACUUCAGUCCCGGAGCUGAGGUUCCUGAGUACAGACCAGGCGCUGGGGGACCUGGCGCAGUUCAUCCAGCACGUGAAGAGUGACCAGUUCGAAGGUGGAAGGUUCAGCGGGGGACAGGUGGCGCUGGCGGGCUGCGCGCUCGCUGGCAGUCUGGCCACGUGGAUGCGGCUCGCCUACCCGCACCUCGUCUCCGCCGCCUUUAGCGACUCCGGCCCCUUGCUCGCGCAGGACGAGUUCGCAGAAUAUCUGGAGGUGGUAUGGGAGGCUCUGAGGGUACAGGGAGGCGCCGAGUGCGUGGCGACGCUCGACGAGGCUAUGGAGCGAUUGUUCGCCGAUAUGUUAACGCAGGAAGGCCCAGAUAGAAUAUCUAGGAUGUUUAACACAUGUACCCCCAUUAAUGGGUCAGACCCACUGGACACGACAACAUUCUUCUGGUGGGGAGUGCUGCAGCCCCUGGCUCGCCUCGUGCAGUCCGCGAGGCCUGGGGAUAUCGCAGGAGUGUGCGAUGUGCUAACCGACACCAGUGUCCCACCUUUACAAGCGGUGGUCACCGAGCGGCUGGCCAGCUGGGUGACGUCACAGGCGGCGGGCUGUCUGCAGGCCAGCUACACAGCGCUGCUCGCGGAACACACCAACACUAGCUACGACGCCCCGCGCUCUGCUGAUCGUCUCUGGAUGUAUCAGUCGUGUGUGCAGUUCGGAUGGCAUCAUACCACGGCCAGCUUCUACUCCUUCCACAACGCGGUCGCUCUCCCGUACUUCAGAAAUCUUUGCCGACAAUACUUCUCCGAUGAUUUCGACGACACUCUCCAAUGGGAAGGUAUAGAGCGUACCAACUUGUUGUUCGGAGGUCUGUCUGUUUUGCCGGACCGCGUGCUCUCUGUGGCGGCACGACACGACCCCAACUCUCUGCUGACUCCUAACACGACACAUGCGACACAACUGUCCCCCGUGUAUGUGCUGCAAGAAGGCUCCCAGUGUCAAGUUAUCAGUUCUUCAGAGGAGAGCGCGCCGCCGCAUGUGCGCGCAGUGCGGCGCGCGGCGCUGCUCAACAUGCAGGAGCUGGUAGCGGGCAGACCGCCCUCGCACGUCGCCGGCGCGCCCCCACUCGCUCCUGUUAUACUCAUUGUACUACUAGCCUCGUUAGCUCUUGUACUAUAA